AUCUUUAGGACAGUAACGGACGAGAUAUAAUGUGUCUUUACAAACUUAUGUGCGUGUUUAUACUGGCUUUGGGAACACUUAAGGCUGAAAGAUACUAUGAAAGCGAAAGUACAACGUGGGCGAAUGUCACGUGCAACUUGGGAGAACCGCAGAUUAAAUAUCAUAACAGAUAUUUCGAGGUUAACGAGGCAUUGAAUAUUAGCGAUGACGUAUGGAUAGGAUACAUUUAUGUCAAGAUUCCAUUACUACUACUGGGUUGCGCAAGUCUGCAGAGCGAAAAUGGAGUAGACGUAAACACGACUGGUGAUUGUUUUACAAUUUGUAAUGGUGGAAAAUUCGGAAUUAAAAGGUCAAGUGAGGAGUCAGGUUUGAUGUGCAUUUGCAUCAUGGUAACUUUGGAAACAAACGGACAAGGAUGCACCGAUGGCGACCAAAACAGCCUUUGCAAUGACUGUUAUGAGAUUUACACCCUGAUACACGUAAAUGCAUCAAAUGUCAUGGGCUCUGAGUAUGAACUCCAGGGAGAUUGUCUGACGUAUUUUUACCCACAUUUUAAGUGGCAACCGUGUUCGAGAACAGAUCCCAUACGUUCAUUGUGUAGCAAUUCGACAUAUACAGAUCUCACAGCAACAGCCACGAUAGAUGGUUCGUCGUAUAAAUGGUCUACUGGGAAUAAAGUAUGCUUAACAAAGGGACUCCAUCCAUCAUUUGAACGCAGCAUAACAAAUACCGGCUUUUAUUACCCUCAGCAGCAAAACCACUGGACUGGAAUUUUCAGAGAAAGCGUCCUGAUAAAACUCUCUCUGAAAGACUUCUAUUCCCGAUUUUCGACCGACAGUCAUGUGUUUGCAAACGGAAUCAGCAGGAUACUUUGGGUCGCAGACAUUGGCGACAAGUACAGAGCUCUUUGUGUCACAAGAUCUGAAAGCACGUCUAGUCAAAUGGUAACUUCCAAGUAUACCACAGAAGUUACACAUUCAGUAAACCUUUCAACAUAUUCCGAGACUAGUUUGCCUCUAACCAACGUAACUACACCUGACAUUAUAACGACAGAAGGGUCUAAAAGUAGACCGCCAACCACACACAUGUACACGACAUUGGCAACAGACUAUUCGUUUCCAACCAGUAACGACGGAAACGAACACACCAGUUCUGAAAAGUCAACCACCCGCGGGAUAGGUAUCGGUGUUUCAGUCGUUAUCGUGUUUCUUGUUGGAGGAGCGGCAGCCAUUGUUGUACUCAAAAGAAGAGAAAUAUUGCAUUGCAAACGAAAAUCAGCAAACGACAAACCUUUAGAAGAUGAACCGGCAUUUAAAAACAACACGACCUACGGAAAAAGAAAUGAUGACAAUGUUGCUCAUAACAAUUAUUUUACCCUUGAGAAAUGCGCGCAAUCUAUAAGCAACACCGCCGAGUAUUACAAUGAAGCUAAUGAAGCAAACAUGGAGGAUGAUUAUAAUACAAUACAUGAUCCAGAGGAACAGUUUGAACGCGUAAAAGAUGAGAGCAGUGACUAUGAUAACACAACCAACGCAUUUACAUCAGGAUCUGAUGCCAAAGAAACUAAAAAUGUAUACAAUAAACUCAAGAUAGACCGACCCGGGGACAAUGGCCAUGGACAGAGAACCGGACAUAGGGUGGACCAAAUUUCAGAAGACGACUACGAUACAACUUUAGCGAUCAUAAAAAAUGGGGAGGAUGACGUUAGUGACUAUAAUCAUUUUCCACCGACUGCUAAUAAAGCAUGUGCCUCAGGUAAUUAUCUCAGAGGCAACAAAGGGGAAUACGACGCUAUAAGUAGUUUGAAGUUAAAAGUCUCACAUUCAGACGAGUCUGACUAUGCACACGUUAACAAAGAUGCAAUAAAAUAAUAAUACCACAGUCAAAGGCAAUACUAUAUUUUAAUGUAUUGAUAUUUUUUGUAAUCUGUAUGUAUAUAUAAAUAUACUGGGUACAUUUA